UAAAGUAGUAAAUGGUUCCGGUGCGGGUUCUGAGCUUGGGGCCGCAGUGGCGGAGUUUGCCUCGUAGCACUUGCUACGGGAGGGUUGGCUUUCUCUCCGCUUUUGUGACCGGGAGGAGCUUUGGGGGCGCCCCAAGCCCAGGCGACCUGAGGCGGCUAACUGGUGUGUGUCCUGUUUGAUUCCUAGCAGAGGUUGAUGGGCCCACGACAAUAUUGAAAAUGCAUAUUAAGUCAAUCGUUCUGGAGGGAUUCAAGUCCUAUGCUCAGAGAACCGAAGUUAAUGGUUUUGAUCCCCUUUUCAAUGCUAUUACUGGUUUAAAUGGUAGUGGAAAAUCCAACAUAUUGGACUCUAUCUGCUUUUUGCUGGGCAUUUCCAACCUGUCUCAGGUUCGUGCUUCUAAUUUACAAGAUUUAGUUUACAAAAAUGGGCAGGCUGGUAUUACCAAAGCCUCGGUGUCAAUUACUUUUGAUAAUUCUGACAAAAAGCAAAGUCCUUUAGGAUUUGAGGUUCAUGAUGAAAUCACAGUAACAAGACAGGUGGUGAUUGGUGGCAGAAAUAAAUAUUUAAUCAAUGGAGUAAAUGCAAACAACACUAGAGUACAGGAUCUCUUCUGUUCUGUUGGCCUUAAUGUUAACAACCCUCACUUUCUCAUCAUGCAGGGCCGAAUUACAAAAGUAUUGAAUAUGAAACCUCCAGAGAUUUUAUCCAUGAUAGAAGAAGCAGCUGGAACCAGAAUGUAUGAGUACAAAAAAAUAGCUGCCCAGAAAACUAUAGAAAAAAAGGAGGCUAAGUUGAAAGAAAUUAAGACGAUACUUGAAGAAGAGAUUACUCCAACCAUUCAAAAAUUAAAAGAGGAAAGAUCUUCCUAUUUGGAGUACCAAAAAGUAAUGAGAGAAAUAGAACAUUUGAGUCGAUUAUAUAUUGCUUAUCAGUUUUUGCUGGCUGAAGAUACCAAAGCACGCUCGGCUGAGGAGUUAAAAGAAAUGCAGGAUAAAGUUGUACAGCUUCAAGAAAAAUUGUCUGAGAAUGAUAAAAAAAUAAAAGCACUUAAUCAUGAAAUAGAAGAAUUGGAAAAAAGUAAAGAUAAGGAAAUUGGAGGUAUACUUCGAUCUUUAGAAGAUGCUCUUGCAGAGGCUCAGCGAAUUAAUACUAAAUCUCAAAGUGCAUUUGAUCUCAAGAAGACAAAUCUGGCAAGUGAAGAAAACAAACGCACAGAACUGGAAAACAAUAUGGCUGAGGACUCUAAAACUUUAGCAGGGAAGGAAAAAGAGGUUAAAAAGAUAACAGAUGGGCUGCAUGCCCUUCAAGAAGCAAGUAAUAAAGAUGCCGAAGCUCUGGCUGCUGCACAGCAGCACUUCAAUGCUGUUUCCGCUGGCCUGUCCAGCAGUGAAGAUGGAGCAGAAGCGACUCUAGCCACUCAGAUGAUGGCCUGUAAAAAUGAUAUAAGUAAAGCUCAGACAGAAGCCAAGCAGGCUCAGAUGAAGUUGAAACAUGCCCAGCAGGAAUUAAAGAAUAAACAAGCUGAAGUUAAGAAGAUGGAUAGUGGCUACAGGAAGGAUCAAGAAGCUUUAGAAGCUGUAAAGAGAGUUAAAGAAAAACUUGAAGCUGAAAUGAAAAAGCUAAAUUAUGAAGAAAAUAAGGAGGAAAGACUUUUGGAAAAGCGCAGGCAGCUGUCUCGUGAUAUCAGUAGAUUGAAAGAAACAUAUGAAGCUCUCUUGGCCAGAUUUCCCAAUCUUCAAUUUGCAUACAAGGAUCCAGAGAAGAACUGGAAUAGAAAUUGUGUGAAAGGACUCGUAGCUUCUCUGAUUAGUGUGAAAGAUACUUCUGCAACUACAGCUUUAGAACUGGUGGCUGGGGAACGACUCUACAAUGUUGUAGUAGAUACAGAGGUUACUGGUAAAAAGCUACUUGAAAAAGGGGAACUGAAGCGUCGAUACACCAUAAUUCCACUCAAUAAAAUUUCAGCCAGAUGUAUUGCUCCAGAAACUCUGAAGGUUGCCCAGAAUCUUGUUGGCCCUAACAACGUUCAUGUGGCUCUUUCCCUGGUGGACUAUAAACCAGAACUUCAGAAAGCAAUGGAAUUUGUGUUUGGAACAACAUUUGUUUGUGACAGUAUGGAUAAUGCCAAAAAAGUGGCCUUUGAUAAAAGGAUAAUGACUAGAACUGUAACUCUAGGAGGUGAUGUGUUUGAUCCUCAUGGGACAUUGAGUGGAGGUGCUCGAUCUCAGGCAGCUUCUAUUUUGACCAAGUUUCAAGAACUCAAAGAUGUUCAGGAUGAGCUAAGAAUGAAAGAGAAUGAGCUACAGGCCCUAGAGGAGGAAUUAGCAGGUCUUAAAAACACUGCCGAAAAGUAUCGCCAACUAAAACAACAGUGGGAGAUGAAAACUGAGGAGGCAGAUUUAUUACAAACCAAGCUCCAACAAAGCUCAUAUCACAAGCAACAAGAAGAAUUAGAUGCCCUUAAAAAAACUAUUGAGGAAAGUGAGGAGACUUUAAGAAACACUAAAGAAAUUCAAAAGAAAGCUGAAGAAAAAUACGAAGUGUUGGAGAAUAAAAUGAAAAAUGCCGAAGCUGAAAGAGAGAGAGAGCUGAAGGAUGCUCAGGAAAAACUGGAUUGUGCCAAAACAAAAGCAGAUGCAUCUAGCAAGAAAAUGAAAGAAAAACAACAGGAAGUUGAAGCUAUCACUCUGGAGCUGGAAGAGCUUAAGAGAGAGUAUGCAUCCUAUAAACAGCAGCUUGAAGCUGUAAAUGAAGCUAUCAAAUCCUAUGAAGGUCAGAUUGAAGUAAUGGCAGCUGAAGUGGCUAAAAAUAAGGAGUCAGUAAAUAAAGCUCAAGAAGAGGUGACUAAGCAAAAAGAAGUGAUAACAGCCCAAGACAGUGUAAUUAAAGCUAAAUAUGCAGAAGUGGCAAAACACAAGGAGCAAAACAAUGAUGCUCAGCUUAAAAUUAAGGAAUUAGACCACAACAUCAGCAAACAUAAACGGGAAGCUGAAGAUGGUGCUGCGAAGGUAUCCAAAAUGUUGAAAGAUUAUGACUGGAUUAAUGCAGAGAAACACCUCUUUGGCCAACCCAAUAGUGCCUAUGAUUUCAAAACUAACAACCCCAAAGAAGCUGGUCAGAGACUUCACAAGUUGCAAGAAAUGAAGGAGAAACUAGGCAGAAAUGUCAAUAUGAGAGCUAUGAAUGUACUGACAGAAGCUGAAGAGCGAUAUAAUGACUUGAUGAAGAAGAAGAGAAUUGUAGAAAAUGACAAAGCCAAAAUCCUUACAACUAUAGAAGACCUUGACCAAAAGAAAAACCAAGCCCUAAAUAUUGCCUGGCAAAAGGUGAACAAAGACUUUGGGUCUAUUUUUUCUACUCUGUUGCCUGGUGCUAAUGCUAUGCUUGCACCACCAGAGGGGCAAACUGUUUUAGAUGGUCUGGAGUUCAAGGUUGCUUUAGGAAAUACCUGGAAAGAAAACCUAACUGAACUUAGUGGUGGUCAGAGGUCUUUAGUGGCUUUGUCAUUAAUACUGUCCAUGCUCCUCUUCAAACCUGCUCCAAUUUAUAUCCUUGAUGAGGUAGAUGCAGCCUUGGAUCUUUCUCAUACCCAGAAUAUUGGACAGAUGCUGCGUACUCAUUUCACACAUUCUCAGUUCAUUGUGGUGUCGCUAAAAGAAGGUAUGUUUAACAAUGCAAACGUUCUUUUCAAAACCAAGUUUGUGGAUGGUGUUUCUACAGUAGCCAGAUUUACACAAUGUCAAAAUGGAAAGAUUCCAAAGGAAACAAAAUCGAAGGCAAAAGGACCCAAAGGAGCACAUGUGGAAGUUUAAACUACAAAUUGAAGAACUUGGAAUAUCUAAUUUGUUUAUGUAAAAAAAAUGUUAUUUUGUUACUUAACCUAUAUUUUCUCUUCCUUUGUGUAAUCACUUAUAAAUGAACAUAGAUUCCUCAUCUCUUAAUUAGUAUAACUAUGGUCCAAUUACUGUGGUUGUGAUUUUAUGUGUAUCAUCAAAAUGUUUUUUCUUAUGCAUGUCUUUUAUAAAUUAGGGAUCCUGAGAUAUCUAGUUGGUGAUAAAUUCUGUAUGUAAUAGCAAAUAUAUACAAAGAAAUAGAUGAAAUUAAAUUACAGAAUAAGUAUAGCUGAUAGUCAGCUUUUAAUUAGUUUAAUUCCUAAGGCAAUAUUAAUGUGUUUUUUAUUGCUAAUAAAGUCAUUCGGGUAAGGAAGAAUUAUAAAGCAAGUAAGUGGACCAGCAAUGGAAACACAAAGAAAGCUAUUAUGCAGGCACUGAGCUACUUGAGGCUAGUUCCUUGAGGCUACAACUCUAGAUCCCUGAUUUAGACUGAGAUGGGAAACAGAUCUUGAAAGAUUUUUUUCAUUUUAAUGAUGUUUGAAUAUCAUGUUUCUAUAUGCUUAAUUGGUCUUUGCAACCUUAAGUUUUUUGUUUUAAGCCUUACGAAUAUUUUAAUUGAAGCUUGGGAGGAGGUGUGUUGUAUCGUGCUUAUCUGCUGCAAGUUUAUCUGAAGUCUAAUAUUUUUAAAGAUUCUUGUCAGCCUUUUCAUAAUCUAAUCUCUGACAACCUGUUAGUGAGUGAGAAUGUAGGAGCCAGAAGACUAAAUCAAAUUUGUAGUUUUCCUUGAGCCUGAUAAAUAUAUAAAUAGAUCCAUCUUUUCCACCAAAAUAACUCAAAAGUUUGAUGAUUGUAAUUCUUAGGGUCUUCUGCUUUUCAGUUCAGAGGGUUGAAAUUCCUUUAGAACUUGAAAGAUGGAGCUAAGAAACACCAUAAGAAUACUAUUUAUAUUAGUAUCUCUAGAUACAUCAACAGAACAUUGUCCCCAAACUGAAUCCUAAAAGCUCUGACAUGAUCAAAUCUGAAUUUCAGUGUUUUUGGUUUGUUCCCACAUCUCUUCCUGAUAUUUGAGUCUUAGUUCCUGAGUGUUACUAUCUUACUUUCCCAGAUAGAUGCUCGUACUGCUUGGCUCUGGGUUUGAUGUUUCUCACCCUUCAUUCUCCAUACGUAUCUGAGAUGUCAGAACAUACCCAAGGAAUUGAUAUUAUGGGACACACUGGAAAGGACUGAAUCUGGAAUUAGUUGUGUCCACUGCUGGAGGGAAAAUGCUAUCAGUAUUGAGUUGCAGGAAGUCCAAUAUCACAGGCAUACAAAGUUUGUUUCUGUUCAAAUGUAUUGCAAACACUUUGCCAAAACAGUUGUAUAAAUUCAGACUGUCAUCAAUAAAGUACAGUAUACCAUUUGACCACAAACUAGUCAGUACUGGCUGCUAAUUUUAAUAUUUCUGAUUUAAUAGCUAUAAAACGGUACUUCAUUGCUGUUGUAGCCAGCAUUUUAAAAAUACUUUGUGAGGUUGAAUAUUUUGGCUAUGUACUAAUUUUCUUCUUCCUCUGAUACAAACUUUCUGUUUGUGUGCUUGCUUUCCUAAUUUUUGUCAUAUAUAAUCUUGAUUCUUGAAAGUCCCCAUAUUAAAAUUUUGUGAGUAA